CCUCGACAGAACAACAACCAGGAACGGUGCCGGCGAGAGAGCUAGCUAUACCUGUGUAUGGGUGGGUGGGUGUAGUUAUGUGGCGGAGAGCGUAUAACAGAACCUAUAUUUGCUAGGUGCCUUUACCAUGCUCCAAUUCCCCUUUACCUGCACGAGAACUGCCUUCGCUGCUCGGGCGUUUCUGCCAACCUUAAGCGCGAGACAUCUUGCUUCCUCCCGAUCCCCCAGUGCGCAGCAGUUUACAGACGAGGAAUUGGGCACAGCACGGAUUUGGCUAUCUCAGCUGACCCCGAGAACAAUACCGAGAAACAUAGGCGAGGUUUCUUAUAGCAGAUCAAGUGGCCCCGGCGGACAAAAUGUGAACAAGGUAAACUCGAAAGUUACGCUUAAGAUCCCCCUCUCGUCCAUCCUCCGACUUGUGCCACGAGCCCUACACGCCCAGAUCCGGUCUUCACGUUACAUCGCGGAGCGCUCUGACAGCCUGGUGAUACAAUCAGAUGAAACGCGGAAACAAACUAAAAACCUCGAUCUCUGUUUUGAAAAGCUACAGGAGCUCUUGGUCACUGCGGGCAAAACAGCAAUUCCGGGCGAAACGUCGCCUGAGCAGAGGAAGAAAAUACAGGCUCUUGAAAAAGCCAAUAAUGAAUCUAGAAUACGAUCCAAAAAGGCCCAUAGCAUGAAGAAAAGUAACCGGCGGUCAAGCGGCUAUGACGAUUAGAAAACAGAAAAAGCUUCCAUUCCAUGCAGCUGUUGACUAGGAUAUGAAGGCAGUAUGGGAAUUAUACAAUUAGGAUGAUCAUUUGGAAUCAUUUCUAUAUAUCAUAUACCAGGGGUAUUUGAAGGCAAAUAACGAUAAUUCAACUCAAUGAGCCUUGAGCAUUUCGCAGGGUUGUCGUCAUCACCUUACACAGUGCUGGGUCGAGGCCCUCUGUCGUGACCAACGGUUGCAGCCAGGCGACAACCUCCUUCGGUAGGCUUUUGUUUCCAGUGGUGUUUUGGUUGUUGCAUUCUUUUAAUCGACUCAGGGACGUGCCGAAUGCCCGUGGGAAUUGUGCGGAAGUUAUCUCGAUAGCGGCCGUGGGAAGCAUAAUAUAGCAUAUCUGUGCGUGGGAACUCUUUGGGUCUGAUGCCAUCAUCGUCUCGACAAUGUGACUCAGCACCCUGCGAAGGCAGGGCGUCUUCGUAAACUCGGAGACCAUGGUGUAAAAGUCAUGGCCAAUGGCGGUGUCGUUUCCGAACUGCCUCAUAGCGGCAUCGAAAAUUGCGAUUGGGAUAGCUCCUGUGAGUGCUGGUGUCGAGUUGAGAUUUUCAAGAGCUGCCUCGUCAAUUCCAUCUUCCUUCUCCAGGCUUGGGUUGAUAUCUUCUUCCGUCACAACUGGAAGGGCAAUAACAUCCGCAUUCGGAUCCGUCGCAGAGUCAUCAGCAGUCGCCGACGGAGAUUUUCGACUACCAUCUAGACCUAGGAUCUGCUGCCGCGUCGCAAUCCGUGUGAUAUAUAUCAUCUCAAGUUUAGCAUACUGCAGCCAAAGUAAUUUAGAGCUCUUGCAAAAUCUCAAUCCCCGCUGCAUAUAACUGCGGGCCUGUGUCAUAUCCCCAUGGUCCUCCAGCGCAUAACGGGCUGCGCAUAUCCAUAGUUCGACCUUUGUAGGAUGUAAUCGUAGCGCGUUCAUAAAGAUCCGCCCCAGCUUCUUAUACGCCUUCUGCCUCCGCGCAUAUUCGAUGUACUGCAUCCAUAGGCUGAUAUCGCCGUGGAACUUCUUCGUUGCACGGUCGAGAAUGAAAAAUACCCGUCUCUGACCUGUGUGCAUAGGGGAUUUGACGCCUAGCCGUUUUACCCGCUUUCUUCGCAGCGUGUCCAGGUUCAUCUCAUACUCGACAUACUGGGCGUAAUCUGCAGGCUUGGGACCUGUCGCAUUAAUUCUAUGCUCAAAAUCGGAUCGCUUUUUCAGGAUCGCGGA